AUGCCCCUCGUGACCUACCGGUACCAGGCCCUCAAGGAAUCCCUCGCCGCCGCCAUCACCUCCUCCCCGCACGCCGCCGACCCCCGCCGCCCCCACGCGCUCGCCGUUGUCUCCGGCCUCGCCGCCAACGGCUACCUCGCGUCCCUCCUCGUCGCCCGCUACGCCCGCCUCGGCGACCCCGAUGCCGCGCGCGGGGUCUUCGACGCCGCCGCCGCCGCCGCGUCCUCCUCCUCCUCACCCUCCGCGGCGCCGCCCAAGCCGCUCCUCUACAACGCCAUGCUCCGGGGCUACCUCUCCCUGGGCCUCCCGCGCGAGGCCACCGCGCUCCUCCGCGCCAUGCUGGCGUCCGGCUCCUCCUGCGCGCCCGACCGCCACACGUACCACCUCGCCGCCACGGCCUGCGCGCGCGCCCCGGACUUCGAACUCGGCCGCCGCGUCGAGGCUGCCGCCGCGGCGUGCGGGCUCGGGGCGUCCGACCUCCUGGUGGCCACCGCGCUCAUCGGGAUGCACGCUGAGGCAGGGGACAUGGGUGCCGCGCGCAGGGUGUUCGAUGGAAUGCCGCGCCGGGACGCCGUGGCGUGGAACGCAGUGAUUGGUGGGUAUGUGUGUGCGGGGCGCCUCGCCGAGGCUGUGGAGAUGUUUGGCAUGAUGAGGUCUGCGGAUGGAGCGUGGCCGACUGAGGCGACGCUCGUGAGCUUGGUUUCUGGUUAUGCCGGGUUCGGUUCUUGGAAGGGCCGUGGUAUGGUGCACGCUGCUGUGGUUAAGUCUGGCUUCCAGCACAGCCUCUUUGUUUCCAACGCUCUCCUGGAGAUGUAUGCAGAGUUGGGUUGUUUGGGUGAGGCACUGUUGGUGUUCCGGCAGAUGAAGGUGAAGGAUUCUGUAACUUGGAGUUCGAUGAUUGGUGGACUUGUUCGGAAUAGCAAAGCGGAUUAUGCUGUUAAGCUUUUCCACUGGAUGCUCUUGAACUCGGAGGUGUUGGUCACACGGUCUAUCUUGCUCAAUGUGAUCUUGGCCUGCUCUGAGUUGGGGGACUGGGGAGAAGGAAAAUGGAUUGAAGAAAACUAUGUCAUGUGUAAUGGCAGUGAAGUCAAGAGAGAUCCCUCUAUAGUAACCACGCUGAUAUAUAUGUAUGCAAAGUGCGGACAGUUAGAUUUGUCUGAGAGUCUUCUCCAUGAAUCUGCAGAGGUUAGAGGCGACGUGGUUGCAUGGAAUGCCCUGAUCAAAGGCUGUGGAGAGCUUGGACAAGUGGAAAAGGCAAUUGGGUUUGCAAUACAAAUGCAUAGGACAGGCAUUGAUCCGGACGGUGUUACAUUCUUGGAGAUUCUACCUAUGAUCUCAUUGAUUCCAUCACUGAAAAAGGGGAUGGAAGUACAUGCUCACAUUGUUAAAAGAGGUUUCCAGAAUGAACGGGCAAUUGCUAAUUCACUUAUUUACAUGUAUGGUCGAUGUGGGAGUCUUAGUCUUUCAGUUGAUGCCUUUACUGAGAUUAUGGAUAAGGAUGCAAUCUCUUGGGCUUCUAUGAUGCAGGUAUAUGCAUGGAAUGGACUUGCAGCAGAAGUUGUUAAGCUUUUUGAGAUGAUGAAGAAAACAAAAGUACAACCGAACCACUACACAAUAAUUGCUGUGUUGACUGCCUACAAAAACACAGGUCUUGUUGAGGAUGGAAUGAGCCUUCUUAAGUGCAUGAAAGAGCAGUAUGGUCUGGAGCCAGCUAUAGAGCAUGUUUCAUGUGUUGUUGAUAUGCUCUGUCGUACUGGACGCUUGACUGAUGCAUAUCACCUGAUCCAGAGUUCCCACUCUGAACAUGCAAGAAACCCUAUAUUGUGGGGGGCAUUACUAAGUGGUUCCCGCUAUUGGGGGAAUUUGGUGAUUGGAGAAGCAGCAGCUAGGCAUCUCUUGUCCUUGGAUCCAGAAAAUAGAGCUAACUAUAAGAUGCUGGCUGAUAUUUAUGUUUCAAUUGGGAGAAGGGACAGAGCCGAUGAUGUCCUGAGAAUGUCGAUGUCAAAAGAACUGGACUUGAGACCAGGCUGUAGCUGGACUGAAGGUGGCUAA